GCCACGCUGAAGGCAGAUUGCAUAAACAAGCCGUUUGUUCAGAGGUGCCACGAUCUGGAGACGGUCAUUGAGGAGUUUCCCGCCAAGGAACUACAUGGCAUCUUCCCAUGGCUGGUGGAGAGCAUUUUUGGUAGCCUGGAUGGCAUCAUCGUAGGCUGGAAUCUUCGCUGUUUGCAAGGAAGAACAAAUCCUACCGAAUAUUCUGUGGCUUUGGAUUUCCUGGAUCCCAGUGGCCCAAUGAUGAAGCUAGUUUACAAACUCCAAGCAGAAGAAUACAGAUACGAUUUCCCAGUCUCAUAUCUUCCAGGCCCCGUGAAGGCUUCAAUACAAGAGCAAGUCCUACCUGAAUGCUCUUUGUACCACAACAAAGUCCAGUUUCCUUCAUCUGGUGGUUUAGGUUUGAAUUUGGCUCUUAAUCCAUUUGAAUAUUACAUGUUUUACUUUGCAAUUAGUUUGAUUACACAGAAGAACUCACCCGUCACCCAUCAUGUCAGCCCUUCCAACAGUGCUUAUUUCAUCUUGGUGGACACAUACCUGAAGUGUUUCUUACCCACAGAAGGAAGUGUCCUUCCUCCACCUUCUUCAAAUCCUGGGGGAGCCAUCCCUUCCCCGACUCCCAG